CCAGGAAGCAGGAGACGCUGGAGAGCGCGUAAUAUAGCCCUUGAACUGAUAAACGUUACGCCUUGAGGAUUGACAGGUUAAUGGACAGCAAAGAUACAUUUUUACGGAAGAAAAUUACGUAUCGAACAUCAUAAAUGACAUGUUUACCUAGUUAAGCGUGCGACUGUCGGUCUCAGAAUAGCAGAGCUAGCAGUGACAACUAACAUACCCUCACAACGGUGGAACUUACCUCUAGCUAAUGUAAUUUAAGGCAUAUAGACUAACGUUUGGUUAACUUGUUCAACUACAGUAUUGCUUAACUAAUAAUGUCACGAACGUCGCACGUAAAACCGUACUUCACUGAUUAACUCUUUUGUCUGUCGAGUAAACUACCAUGUAAAGUUGCUUAACAAAAAUGGCAAGUACCGUGUUGGAAGUCGGUACGGGCGUUUUCGUCAUUGCUGUCGUGUGGAUUGUGGCUCUUGUGUUUGGGAUGCUGCUGCUGAGAGCCUCUGGAUCAGCAAAGUUAGGAGUUAUCCCCGUUUUCCUCCUGGCUCUCACCAUCACUUUGGCGCUGGUGUUUUUCCCGCGCAGCCCAGAGACAACGCCCCCUUUCAAAGAGAUAGAGAUAGUGGACACUUUGUUCAUCGGCCGCUACGUACUGCUGGCGGUGGUGAGUGCAGUCUUUCUGGGGGCGUUCUUUAUGCUGCUCCCCUUUCAUUUCCUGGAGCCAGUCUAUGCCAAGGCCUUAAGAACACACUAGAGCUGCCAAGGUCAGAGCUGGCACCAGGAUCACAUCGCUGAUCUACACAACUUAAGACAAGCAGGGCCAAUGAGAGGCCCCCCUCUCCUUCAUGUGGAAACAGACUACAGAAUGCAUCCCAAACAGAAACAGCAGGAGAGCCAGUGUUCUCUUCAUGGCCAACUCUUUGCAGGUUGUUUGCUGUUUAUGUACAACCAACAGGAAUGAGAUAUCCAACAGUACCCAGGUCGUUGUGUUUUUAUUUUGUAUCAUUUAAUACCUGAGAUGAAUAAAUAGUUUUUUAUUUGAUAUGUGUACAGCACUACAGCAAUUGCUAGUCAGCCAGCAUUGAAACACUCCCUCCACCUUUAGAAAGAGAGAAAUAUUUACAUUGCCACACUGAAUUGUCUUGUUUUUGUCGCUUGACCUCCUAAUAUGUGGAUUCCUGAAGUACUAUCAAGGUGACGGAACGAGUUACAGUGUUAGUGACAGUACAUGGCACACAUUUACAGUAAGUCAGGAUGACCCAGUGCGCACUCACGUAGAAAAACAUGACAUCAUAUAAUAUGACACAUCAAAGCAGUUGACAUACAGUAUUUGUAUCACUGAACCUAUUUAUUAGUGUUUUAUUAGUAUGCAUAAAUGCAUUAUUAAUAUGCAGCACUGGUAACGAAAUGACAACUAGAUGUUUCUGGUUCCCCAGAUUGUUCUGCACUGAAAUGCUGAAAACUGACUAAAGAACACUAAUGUUGCAGUUGGUGCUGGGUGUUAUUAGAUAUUUUAGAGGCAUUUCCAUUAAAUUCAUUUUUUUUGUCGA